GCAUUGAGCACCCAUCCAUUUGGAGCAGUCUCACAAAAGGAAUCCUAAAGAAGUAUUGAAAGGACUUAAAUGUUAUUCUCACAACUAUUAUUGAUUGCCCAGACUCCUGUAUUGUGUGAAUGCUGGGCCUCGCCUGUAAUAAGCUUCUAUUUAAAGAGUUGCAAGUUUUAUUUGAUCUGGAUAAAGAAGUGAGUGUGCAUUCUCUAUGUAUAGGGUUUGGAGCUGUGUAUAUAUACAGCUUUACAGAGCAGACUACAAGCUUAUACAGGUAGCACACAAAAUAUAAUUUGCCUCUGGUUGUGAUAUAUAGUAGUGACAGGUUGCAACAUAUGAUGGACUAACAUACAGAGUACCAUGGGAGAUCUGCUAUUCAAGUGAUGGCUCAUUGCGGCAAUGGACUCAACCACAAAGUUUCAUCUAAAGAUAAAUUCUUCUCCAAAAGCGAUGAAACCAGCAACAGCCAUAUAGCAGAGUUUCGUGAUAAGCACCUAGUUUGUGCCGGGUGCAAGCAGCGCUUUGUGACCUCGGUCUACACCCCUACGCUGCUUCCCUGCCUGCAUUCUGUCUGUCCAACUUGCUUUGACGCAUCAACAUCCAAAGACAGUGAGACUCUCUGCACUGUUUGUCCAUCCUGCAAGCAACAGGUACCAUCCACAGAAGGUGUCCUGACAAGGAACUCUAUCUCUCCAGACUUUCAUAUCGAUUACCUAGCGGAGUACCUUGGAUAUACUGAAGGGAUUGUAAGGCUUUGUGAAGGCUGCGACUCUCUCACAAAGCUUGCCACGGCUUGUUGCUCCAACUGCAUCAGAUUCCUUUGCAAAGAGUGUCUGAUCAGACAUCAAUAUACUGUAGGAUACGAAAAUCAGCAUUUCCACGAGGUGAAUGAUUUGACCAAAGAAGACUGGGAAGUACUGUCACGUCAGCAACGCUUUUGUGUGGUCCACCAAAGUCAGGCACUGACUCUUUACUGUACUGGGGAAGCGUGUAAUGUGCCAGUCUGCUUGUCCUGUUGCAAGAGCGAUCAUAUUUCUGAAGGUCACAAUAUAGAAGACUUGUCUUCGGUUGUUGAACAGCUGAAAGCUGAACUUAAAGAACUUAUCAUCAUGAGUGAGCGGCAGACGCAGUUGCUCGAGGAGCUGUUACAGAACAUUGACAUGGUGACCCAGAAACUCACAUGCAAUGCUGAGGAAGCAACUCAUCAGAUCAAAGCCCUCUUCAGCAGAUGUCGCAAGGUCCUGCAGCAGAGGGAAGAGGCUCUCCUGAAAGCUGUCACAGAUGCACACACCAAGAUGCAACUUGGGCUGAAACAGCAGAAGGAUGACACCAAGACGAUGCUUUCCAACAUUGCUGUCAUGACCGACUGUGCAAACACCAACAAUAACUUGAACAGUACAGUAUCGGUAGCCAGGGUGCAAAAUAAGUUGGAAGGGUUCUUCAAAGAAGUCGCUAAUGGGGUGUUCUAUCCUCUACCACUGGCUAAUAGCUGCAUCGACUUCACUUACAAGCAUAAUGAAGCUUUAACCUAUUUGGACUACGCAGUGAAGGACCUAGGCAAGGUGGCUAAUGGUGAUGAAGUGCCUUUCUUGACUGUUGUUAGUCCCGAAGAGUCCUUUGUCAAUCAGGAAAGCACUGUGAGACUUGAAAUGACCUCCUUGAAUGGGGAACGUAGCACAAAAGGUGGAACCACAGUGUCUGCAAAGAUGACGACUCCUUUCAAUGAGAACUUGGAAUGUACUGUUGUAGAUAACUUGGAUGGAUCAUACAUCAUUAGGUACCUGUCUACUGAUCCCGGUGACCAUCUCUUAUACGUUGAGGUAUGUCAUGAGCCUAUCAGAGAGCAACCAAUUACAAUCCCAGUGUAUGCUCUUUGCACAGAAAUCAAGGGCGAGAACACAGAUGAGGAAUGCAUGGUUGAAAUCUAUGCAAGCGAUUGCAAUGGGAAGCGCCAGCCAUUGGACAAAGACCUCAAGUUCUCUGCAUAUGUCCUUGAUCCUCAACACGAGGAACUGAAAACACAGAUAUACUAUUACCCAUAUGGCUACCAUGGCAUUGUCUUUCGUCCAGACAGUAUCGGUGAGCAUAAGUUGACAAUACAAUUGAACAAUGUGCCACUCAAGUCUUCCCCUAUCAUGGUGCCCAUCCACAGGAUUAUCGCUUGUCGGCUGGAUAAGAAGCCUUUCUUUCUGGAGAACAUCUCUGGGAUGACAGUGACAUACAUGGGUAAGAUUUUCCUUGCAGACACUAUCCAGAAUGAAAGAAUCCUGGGUUUCACUGGACAUGGUGAAUGCUUCACUAAGAUCAAGACACCAUACAAGGGAGAUGCCUUGAUAACCAAAGACAGGAAAGAAAACCUUGCAUUGCUGUUCCCUUAUCGACAGGUAAUGAUCUUCUACACUCAGAAGGGGAAGCAGGUUCGUUUCUUUGACACGCCUCAAGUCGUUAAUCCCGUCUCUAUCGCGGUCACAUCCGCUGAGGAAACGCUCAUCCUGGAAUGCCUCAGCAGUUCUGUCCUGGUGUACAACUCUGCAGGAUUCCUCCAGACUACUGUUGGUGGGACCAACCAUGCCCUCAGUCUAGGCUACCCUAUCUCCAUGAGUCUGGAUUCUAGGGACAACAUCUACAUCAGCAACAAGACAGGGGGUACAAUCCUCAACCUGACCUGGAAGGGAGACUUCAAGCGAACCAUCGGUCUUCCAGAGACCUUCAAUCAGAUCGGUUCCGUUGACUGCACCCCUGAUGGCUACAUCCUGAUCCAUGAAGAGAAGCUCUCUCAGGUUGUCUACGUUGUCAGCAGAAGGAGCGGCAAUGUCCUCCGCACUAUUGACGUCCAUGGUAUUGUUGGUUUCCUUGAGCAUCUUGGUGUGACCCCUGACGGUUGCUUCAUCAAGCUGGACCGUAAGAAAGGCUGUCUGAGGAAGUACAGGUACGCCUACUACUCUCCAAGACGUCAAACCUAUCCUGCGAUAGCUACAUCUACUGCUGAUGGUCAAAAUGAAUUUGAGGUGGUAGGAUAACAUGCCCAUAACUUUCCAUAGAACUUGACUGUUGUGUUGUUUAUUGUGUGAGAUCAUUGACAUGACCACUGGAGAUUCCUUGCUUAAUCAUGUACCUGGAAGAUAGCAACUGAUUCUGUAUUGAAUUUCUUAUCAUGGACUCAGAUUCGAGUACUCUUACUACCAUAAACAAUCUAAAAAUAUUACCACAAAGAACCCAUGCAUUGAGCAUUGUAAAAAAUAUAAGCUUAGAUAUGCUUACAAUGUCACCAGUGUGUGUAUGUAUGCACAGAUUUUUUUUCUGAUGGAAAUUAUUUCAAAAACAUGUAAAGGGUUCUAAAGAAAACAGUUAUUGAUUAGUAAUUUUUUUGUUUGUUAACAAUGUGCUCCUUUUGUAUUCUUACUGUACAUGUAAGUGUGAAACAACUAGGCUAACCCACCACUCAUAUUCUUGGGAAACAUAAAGCAGCAUUAUACCCAAGAGCAUUCAUCACAUUCAGUAUUUAAACCAUCAAAAACAUUUCAAUUUUCCAUUUGUCAUACUGCAUAUUGCUCACAAGUGUAUUUUGUGUUGUAGUUUUGAAGCAGCUGUCAAGUCCUCAUGCACACGAUAGUGUCAGAACAUAUGCUCAUGUAUGAUACAUGUGUACUCAUGAACAUGUAACCCUACAUGGCUAGUCAUUACAGUCACCUCACUCAUGCCGGGUAAAAUAAAAUCAAUGAAAGAAAACCUGGUAGUAAAUUUUAAAGACAAAACACUUAACAUAUAUACGUGCAUGUAUACAUUCAUUGUGCAAAGAGGCAAUAUUGGAGGGAUAAGGUGUUGUGCAGAUACAGCCUUAUGCAUACUCAUUGAUCUCUCUGUACAUGUACUACACAUGUGAACAUAGUAUGUACACAUCAGUGAGGUUCUCUGAAUAUCACAUUAUACUAUGAGAUUUGUAUCAGUAAAAUUAUUGUUUACUGCCUCUUACACUGUAUACAAUUGUAGUUAUUCUAAUGAGCCAAUGAAGACACUUACAAGUAAGGUGACGAUAUUGAUGUUUUGAACUACAGUUUAUAUGGUUUUACAUCUAACAUGUAAACUGUAACAAAUUAACUGCAAUGAUGUAACUUCUAGAGGCAAAAACUAUUUGUCCCUACUUACAGUAAGCAACUUUUUUUAAAUAGCUAAAUAAAAUGGAUGAUGUCACCAAAUUUUACAAUCAAAUUUCUAUUGCUGCUAUACUACCUUGUAUGUAUUUGCAAAGCUCAGUUUGCUUCAACAAAUAUACCUUUUUUUGUAUUUAUCUUCUGAAAAGCAAACCUUAAAUUUCUUCUAGUGGUCUUCUUUAUAAACAAGCUUCAUAAUUCACAUAUACAAGAAUUAUGCAGAUAAAGUUUAAUUAUAUAUGUAUCUGCAUUAAACUGUACCUGUAUUAUCCUUUUAUGGAAUCCGGUGAUUUCGCUAUAAUAUUAAUUUUAUGUAUAACUUUUUGCAUCAUCUUUGGUGGUAUUCCAAAAUGGUUCUGUUGUAAAAGUUUGAUAACCAGCUGAUAGCUGCCAAUGUAAUCAAAAAUAGAUGUAGAAAGAUUUUUUCUAUUCAUUUUGUAGAAAGAAUUUUAAAUGGUGAUAACCUACUAAAUAAUAUACAUUAAUAUUGAAUUGAGAAUCUUUGGUGAAGGGAAAUUUGACAAAACUGGAUUUCUGUAUUAAUUGAAUUUCCUAUUUGUUUGACAUGUAUAACCCUUUUUUUCUUCUUUAUGAACCAGUAAUAAUGUGGAAAAAGCCACCAAACUUUCCAGUAAAUUUAUUUGUCAUACUAAAAGUUUCCCGUGCUGAAGGGGGUUCAAAUUGCACAAAUGUGGUUAUAUGGUAUCUAAUAUUUUUGGACAAAGAAAAUGUUUAUCUUGAAAUGCUAUAUUCAUGAAUUAUAAAUUCUUUAUCAGAGAAAAUGUCUGGAUCAAAUAGCCUACAGAAAGAAGGCAUAGUGAUUAAACUUUAUCUACAAACGUUUUGUUUGUAAUAACUUUCCAUGUUUCUAUAUAUUGCACAGGCGCAUGCAUGGUCUGAAUCACUAAUUAUAUGAAUUGGCAAGUAUAUAAAAACAUGCCCAAAAGAAAGAAAAUAUUGUUUUUAAUGUAGACAUACAUUUAAUCAUUUAUUUUUAAUUAAAUGCAGUGAAAUCUAUGUAUACAGACCACUCAUGGAAAGCAAGGAAAGUUGAUCUCUAUAAUUUACAUGUACAAGUUCCAUUAAUUCAUAUUUGAAUAAGGAACACACUUCAAGGGGAAAAUGUGUGGUCUUUAUAGGGUUAUACAGACAGGUUGUCUUCCUACAAAGUUAAUCCGUAUACUGGUAAGGGUUGACAGUAUCAAUAUGAUUUUUUGGGGAAAAACAUGAAAAACAAAUAUCUGUCUGUUUAAUAGUACCCAAUACUACACUUAUUGUAAUUUUAAGUUUAGAGUUACUGUGUAUUUUUAAUUAUGUUGUGAAUCAUGUUAUUGAAAUUACUAGAAAAAGUAUACAUUCCAAACAAAACUCAAUUUUGACAGGGUCAAAAAGAAAAUUGAACCUGAGCCCUGCCUUGAAAUACAAGCUCUAAUGCUGAAUUCUGUAGUUCUUGUAUUUCUGCAGUUAUACUGGAAACAUUUUGACAAACAAGGACAAAAAGUGAAUACAUUUACUUUUUAUAAUCUACUUGCUCAAAUUGGACUUGUAACCUUAUAUCUGUUAUCUGCAGAUAGCCAAGCAGUUUUUGAGUUGACAUACAAUGGGUUCUCAGUUUUUUGCUGUAUGUUGCAUUACCGGUAUGUCUUGUAUACCACCGCACUGUACAUGUACUUGUACAAGUGCAUAUAAAGCCUCUAUGCAAAUUAUGUUAUAAUAAUGGUGUUUCGUUAUCAUACAUUCCUCACUGAAUGAUACUUUUUCUGUCUUCCUAACAAUUUAUCAUUUGGUGUAAUAUUAACAGAUGGUAUAUGGCCUGGAAUUGCAAGUCUGGGGUUUUUUUUCUACUGAUUUUGAAGUUAUAUUAAAUAUUUAUUUUAUUUCCUUUCAAA